UAUCGUUUAUAUUAUAUACGUUUAACUUUCAAGACUGCGUAGUUCAAAUUAAAGUUAUCUGUUGAAAUGAAUAUUCCUGAAGAACAUAGGGCAUUAAUAGAUCGUAUUGCUAGUGAAAAUGGAUUCACCGAUUAUGAAAUAAUAACCAGUUCUGGAUCAAGCAAGGGAGACAACUUUCUGGGAGUUCUGACUGCGAUUACCAUCAAAGACAAGGAAAAAAGUUUGGAUUUGAUUUUGAAGUCUUCCCAUACCAAUAAGGGUUUUAGAGAAGCUGCACCCAUUAAAGAAAUUUAUAAUAGAGAAAUCUUUUUGUACGAACGGGUUUUUAAAGAGUUUAAAAAGUUCCAAGAAGAACACAACAUUGAAGAUCCCUUUGACAGUGUACCGAAAUGUUAUUCAAGCUUUACGGAAGAGGGACUGGAAUGUUUAGUAAUGGAGAAUUUAAAAACACAACAAUACGAGCUGUGGGAUAAAAAAGUCCCAAUGAAUCCAGGUCAUAUUAAAGCAGUUCUCAUUGAGUAUGCUAAGUUUCACGCGGUUUCAUUUGCAAUGAAACAGAAAAAUCCGGCAUUAUUUAAAGAAUUGGCAGAAGAGAAUGGAGGUAAUCCGUUCGAGGAAAAAUAUACGAAGGAUAAAGAUAAAGAAGAAAAGUUUAAAAGUUUUCUGACUACUACUUUGUCUAAUGGGUACAAGGUGUUGAAGGAUGAUCCAGUUUUGACAGAAAAGCUUAAGAAAUAUGAAGAAAUUGUAGGUCCUGAACUUAUGUCUAAACUAAAAGGACCAGAACACAAACUGGUGAUAACCCAUGGAGAUUGUUGGUGUAACAAUUUCAUGUUUAAAUAUCAGGAUCCAUAUAAUAAAACAAAACCUGAAGGUUUACGUAUUUUAGACUGGCAAAUAUCUUCUUUUGGAAGUCCAUGUGCGGACCUCUCUUAUUUCUUUCUGGUAAACAGUCCUAACGAGGUCUUAGAUGAUAUUCAAACUUAUCUAAAAGUUUACCAUGACAAACUGGCUUCACAACUACGUAAUUUUGAUUUGGAUCCUGAAAGAUUGUUUCCUUUCUCUAGGCUUUUAGAUCAUCUAAGUCUUUGUCUGUUACCAGGCUUGUUCUUAUCGUUCUUAGUCUUAAAAAUAAUGGUAACCGACAAAGAGGAUUUACCAGACCAUGUAGAAGUUGUUGCUGAAUCGGGUGAUUCUUUUACUAUGCUGAGCUAUGAACCGAAAAAUUUUGACGAGUAUGCUAAAAGAAUAAAAAGUAUAAUGCAAUUUUUGGUUAAAAAUCAAUAUUUGUAAAAUAAAAUUUAUAGAAAUGAA